AUGUUUGGCAAGGAGAUGCCUCUUACCUCAGUUCAGGGUGUAUUGGGACGCCAGGCAAUGCUGCCGUGUGAUAUAACACCAAUGGAACGUGACGAUGCUGUUUAUAUGGUUUUGUGGUUUCGUGAGGGUGAUGGUGAACCCAUUUAUAAUUUCGAUGUACGAGGGAGACAAUUCGGUCAGGCGAGAUUAUGGUCAUCACCAACAGCAUUUGGACCACGAGCCUACUUCAGUAGUACAUCACAUCCAGCACAAUUGAAAAUUGACAAUGUGCGCUUAGAAGAUGAAGGUGUCUACAGAUGUCGAGUUGAUUUUCGUAAUUCACCCACAAGAAAUCUCAAAAUCAAUUUAACAGUAAUUGUGCCACCCGAAAGACCUAUAAUUUAUAAGCCAAAUCGUCAUGAAAAAACGAGUAAUGUGGAAUCAUUUAAUGAGGCAACUGACAUCGUUUUAAUAUGUGAGGUUUCAGGUGGACGUCCACGUCCCAAUGUUACAUGGUAUUUGGAUAAUACGGUGAUUGAUGAAUCAUUUGAACAUCGGCCGGACGGUAAGACUGUUAACCACUUGUCAUAUCCAAAUAUUGGACGACAACAUUUGAAUGCCAGAUUAGUUUGUAUGGCAAGCAAUACGAAUUUAACUCCACCAAACAGCAAAGUGGUCAUACUGGAUGUCAAUUUAAAACCAAUAGCCGUUCAUAUAAUGACCAAGGAUAGAUUUGUAUCAGCUGAUCGCACUUAUGAUAUUGAAUGCAAAUCAUCUGGUUCAAAACCACAAGCCGUUAUAUCCUGGUGGAAGGGUAAUAAACAACUGAAAAAACUAACAAAAAAUUUUAAUGAACCCGACAAUCAAUCUUUGAGUAUAUUAACAUUCACGCCUACUCGUGAAGAUGAUGGUAAAUAUUUAACAUGUCGAGCGGAAAAUCAAUUUAUUGAGGGCAGUGCUAUCGAGGAUAAAUGGCGUCUGGUUGUACACUAUCAACCUACAGCCCAUUUAAAAAUGGGUUCAUCCCUUAAUCCCGAUGAUAUUAAAGAGGGUGAUGAUGUCUACUUUGAGUGUGUUAUACAAUCGAAUCCAAAACCCUACAAAAUGUCAUGGUUUCAUAAUGGCAAAGAAUUACAUCACAAUAUAUCAGCUGGUAUCAUACUCUCGGAUCAAUCACUUGUCCUACAAAGUGUUUCACGUGCAUCAGCCGGUGAUUACACUUGUCUGGCUGUAAAUUCUGAAGGCAAAGGCACCAGCAAUCCGGUGACAUUACGUAUACGUUAUGCACCCAUUUGUUCAACAGAUCACGAUGAACUGCUGGGAGCCUUGAAGCAUGAAACUUUAGCGUUAAAAUGUGAAGUGGACGCAUCACCGCCUGCGGAUUCAUUUCAUUGGACAUUUAACUCAUCUGGCGAACAAACUGAAUUACCAGCACGUUUGCAUUCAAGUGAAACUGGCAUGUCACGUUUAAACUAUACCCCCACUACAGACUUGGAUUAUGGUACAAUUUCUUGUUGGGCCCGCAAUUCAAUUGGUAUGCAAAAAUCACCCUGUGUCUUUCAAGUAGUAGCAGCAGGACGUCCAUUUCCACUACAGAAUUGUUCAAUAACAAACCAAUCUGCAGAUUCCCUACAAGUUGAUUGCAUUGAAGGUUUCGAUGGUGGUCUACCACAGAGUUUCAUGUUGGAAUUAGUUGAAUUAAACAAUUUGCGUUUAGCACGGAAUAUAACUUUGCAGCAUACAAAUAGUCCAGUGACGUUUUUUAUUGAUAACUUGGAUCCUAGUGCCACAUAUCGUAUGAUCAUAUUUGCCGUUAAUGCUAAAGGACGCUCAGAGCCCAUUAUUAUUGAUGACAUUAAUUUUAAAGGUGUUGCUAAAUUUACAGGUGCUUCCAAUGGUCUAACCGUUCCUUUAUCGCCAUUUUUAGCUGGUCUAACAUUAUUUUGUGCUUUAUUAUUUGCCAUAUCUUGUAUUAUAUUGGCAGCUAUUUAUAGAAGAUUUUCAAAUCGAGCAAAUGACAACAAUUUAAAACCAACAAAACACACUCAACUUUCUAUACCCGCCGAUUGUCAGUUGGAUCCAUUACAGCCCAAUCAUCAUCAUAAUCACUAUGAACAAAAUAAUCAUCAGGCCCACCACAGUCUCUUGCAGGCAAAUGGCGAUGGUAAAUUACAAAUUGGUGGUGGUGGCGGUACAUCGCCAACGGGUGGCAGUAUUGGUAUUGGUGUUAUGGAUACAUCAACAUUAAGGUCAACAACACAAAGUCAUCACCGUCAGUCGCCACAAAUAAUGGGUGAUCCGCCCGAAGGCGAUGACACUGAUCCUGAUGUUAUACCAAAUCAAUAUGAGAAACGUCCAUUGAAGUCAAUGCUGGCUUCACCUAUAUUCCGCAGUCCAUCAGCGCGACUGCUGCAACGUGACUAUUGCACAACGGAUGCUGUUACAGACGGCAGCAUAACAAUGGGUAGUGGGAGUGUUAUUGGCAUAACAAAUGGCUCAGCUUUAAGUAGUGCGGAUGGUGUAUCUAGUUUAGGUUCAUUAAAAAGUAAUAAUGGUAGCCUUGGUGUUGGCAAUGAGGUGCUGCAUUACACAUUUAGGCCAAGUAAACAAAUUAGUUAUGCCACCUUAAAUAAAAAAGGCAUUACCACGUGUAGUCCACCAUUGGGUGUGGGUUUGCCUUAUAGUAGUACGCCUACGACAUCAUCGUCAUUAUCAUCAUAUCAUCCCACCACACAACCCAUGGAAGUUAGCCUAUUAAGUCCCAACAAUCCAUCGGUAACAUCGUCCAUAAGCGAAUAUAGAUUUCGACCGGAAGUGGUGACAACAUCAAAUCGCAUACAGGAAAGUUGUAUAUAAAAUCCCUCUCUCACUGUUGUUAAUAAUGAAUGUUUGUUGCUGUUGU